AUGCAGCGCUGCACUUUCACCGGCCUUUGUCUUGCUUUCAUGUUCAUACCAGCCACUCUGGGUGCACUCUAUCAUGAUCCCAGCCAACUCCCACGUUCUGUCUACGACUAUGUUAUCGUUGGUGCUGGGAAUGCUGGGAACGUCAUUGCAAGCCGACUCACUGAAAAUCCGCGAACUACGGUGCUCGUUCUUGAAGCUGGCGUUAGCAAUGAAGGAGUGAUAGCGUCCAUCGUUCCAUUCUUGGGGCCUUCCCUAGCCCCUAACACCCCCUACGACUGGAACUUCACUACGACUGCUCAGGCUGGAUUUAACAAUCGCUCCCUCCCGUAUCCACGCGGGAGGUUGCUCGGAGGUUGCACUUCAGUUAAUUACAUGGCUCAUAUGUAUGGCUCAUCGGAAGAUUACGACAGAAUCGCAGCGGUUACAGGUGAUCCAGGUUGGAAAUGGGAAAAUGUGAAGAAAAAUAUUGGAAGGGUAAGGAGAUUCUGA